GUUUAAAGCGAUGCACAAUAUAUUCAUUCGUGAUUUCAUAAAUUACAUUUUUGCGCAUCAUCGAUGACAAUUAGAAAAAUGCUAUGGCGUCCUCAGGAUCACAUAAUGGGGAUGCAGAAACUGAGAGUGAUAAAUUUGAAGGCUCUAAAAUUGAUCGUCAUGGUUUCCUUCAAGAUUCUAAUUGUAGUUCUGACAGCCUUGGUAAACAAGGAAUACCACCAGAGGUAAUGCUAAGAAGGGAACGGAAAUGGAUACAAAUGUUAAACAAUUGGAGCUAUUUUAUGAAUACAAAUUAUCGUAAAGUAAGGGAAAGAUGUCGGAAAGGUAUUCCACCUUCUGUAAGGCUUCGUGCAUGGCUAAAUCUUUGUGGAGGUCAAUUGUUGAUGGACAAAAGUCCAAAUUUAUUUGAAGAAUUGGUGGAACGAUCUGGUGAUCCAAAAUAUAUAGAUGAUAUCAAAAAAGAUCUUCAUCGUCAGUUUCCACAUCACAUAAUGUUUAUUGGAGAAGCUCCUGGACAAGAAGAAUUAUUUAAAGUAUUGAAAGCUUAUUCUAUUUUAAAUAGUAAAGUUGGUUAUUGCCAAGCUCAAGCACCUAUUGCAGCAUUUUUAUUGAUGCAUAUGCCAGCAGUACAAGCAUUUUGGUGCCUUGUUGCAAUAUGUGACAAGUAUUUAAUUGGAUAUUAUAGUCAAGGAAUGGAAACUUUAUUACGCGAUGGAGAUAUUUUAUUUGCUCUUUUGAAAAGGGUAUCUCCCAUUGCUUAUAAACAUUUGAAGAAACAAAAGAUGGAACCAAUUUUAUAUAUGACUGAGUGGUUCUUAUGUGUUUAUACACGAACACUGCCAUGGGAAAGUAUUCUACGAGUGUGGGAUAUGUUCCUCUGCGAAGGUGUUAAAAUUAUCUUUAAAGUCGGACUAGUUUUGUUAAAAGGUAGUUUAGGUCGUGCAUCUCUUACUAAACGUUGUCCAACAUUUCAUGAAACAUUGCAAGUAUUAAGAAAUCCACCUCAGCAUAUUAUGCAAGAAGAGGCUUUAGUUUAUCAGAUUCGAAAAUUGAACCUAACAGAAGAAGAUUUUGAAUAUGAACAUCAACGUCAAAUAUUAAAACGGAAAGCAACAGAGCAAGUAUCCCUUUCCACUGCCAAUCGGACAGACUGAUUAAGGAGAAAAUAGAUAGCAUGUAAAAUGAAUAAUGAGCUUACAGGUAUUAUUCCAAAGUGUGCCUUCCUUUAUAUAUUUCAUACUGUACAAAUCAUAAAAUAUAUACAAUUAUAAUUUUACACAACAUAAAAGUACAUAUAGAGAGGUGUGAAAAGUACCUAACAUCUUUAAUACAAAUUUAGGUAGUUCUUGAAUAUAAUCACA